UCGAGUCAGGUGAUUGUCCUGUGACAGUUGCGUCAACAAGCGGUUGCGUUGUUUUUGUUUUGUUUUCGCUUCUUGGUAGUGUUUGGUGGUGCUCUUCUGCACCGGCGAUGUGGAGCGCAAGGAAGAUGCAGGACGAGUGCGAGGAGGAGGAGGAGGAGGACCUGCAGGACGAUGAGGUGAAAGAGCCCGAUUCGGAUUCCCGUGAGAUGCUCUUCAGCAGCAUGGAGUUCCUCGAGCAGUUCGCCGACUCCGUCGUCGACUACUCCUCCAGGUACAACAACUGCACCAGCAUCUCGUAUUCACCGGAGAACGUCACCGGGAAGCCGCUCAAGUAUCCGCAGUACGGCGACUUCCCUGACACCUACAUUCUUCGGACUUACGGCACCUGGUGGAAGAACUCGCUGGGGGCGCAAUCAGAGUACGUGCCCCAAGAGGUGGACAGUAUCGAAUCGGAGGAUUUCAUCACGGUUCGCUACGAAAUAGCUGUCGUCCCAACGAAAAUCAUAAUCUACGAGACUUACAAUCCGGGCUCGGUCGUCCGCAUCUUCGGACGCAUUUGGGGCGGAGAAUGGCAUUCGCUGUACGAGGGAAAACCGGAGUUUUGCGAGAAGACUUCGCGCAUCUUCCAUCCACCUCUGAAGAAGAUCUACGACAUAGUUAAUGAGAUUCGAGUGGAAUUCAAUCAGAGCCAUCAGAGUUAUCACACUUCCAUCGAUGCCAUCCUCUUGGCUGGAUACAAAGCGAAGAGUGUGCUGCAGAUGAUGCUGCUGAACAAAGCUCUGCUAGGUCCACCACCUUUGGACGAUGACUAUCUGGAACUGGAGAAUAGUCCACCCAUCGAACCAUUGAUCGAUUACACAGACUCUCUUCCAAAUGAAAUUAUGGUUCAAAUCUUCCACUUUUUGGACCUGAAGACGAUUUCGAAUUGCGCUCAGGUGAAUCGCAGAUGGCGCGAGGCGACGAUGGCUCCCACGAUAUUCAAAGCUUUGAGUUUGAAGAAAUAUUGGGUCAAGAUCGACAACAACACGUUGAAGUUCCUGAAGAAGCGAUGCAAAACGUUGAGGAAACUGGAUCUGUCCUGGUGCGGCAACAAUUACCAGAUCACCGAGGACGUUUUCCAGGAUUUCCUGAAGAAGUGCGGCACUCAUCUGACGCAUCUGUCGCUGUGCUGUUGCGAGUUCGUGAGGAACGUCGCCGUCGGGCAGAUAUCCAAGUGCGCGGAGCUCGUCGAUCUUCGAUUGAGGAAAUCGGAGCCGAGCGAAUGGACUUACUCGCUACUUUCCAAUUUGAACAAACUCGUCGCGCUGGAUCUCUACUGCACCGCCAUCCAGGACGAGUCUCUGAUCAAGAUUCUCAAGGCAAAUCCCAGUUUGGAGCAUUUAAACAUUGAUCUUUGCGAGAACAUUUUGCAAAUGGACGAAAUCACCGAGACUUUGGCUGCGAACAAUCCGCGUCUCGUCUCGUUGAGCUGCUGGAAGCUGAGGAGUUUAACGCCGGAUGGCGUUAAACACAUAGGACGUCUGCACAGGCUACGAGAAUUGGACAUGGGCUGGUGUCUGCUCUCGAAUCAACCUGGAGAUUGCCUCGAACGCAUCUCGCAAGGUUGCCCCGAUCUCAGAAGAUUAAUUUUAUCGAAUUGGCGAGGUUUGAGCGAUCACCACUUGCUCUGCAUAAUACGUUCCUGCAAGAAGCUCACCCAACUCGACAUCCUCGGCAUUUGGAACAUCACCGAAGAUUUCUGCGAGAGAGUCUUCGUUUCGCUGCCGAAUCUGCAGCUCUUCGACAUAAGUUUCUGCAAUGCGAUCAGCCAAACUCAGGUGAAAACUUGGCGAGAAACGUAUCCUUCCGUCACCAUCCAAAGGAGCGAAUCCGAAAACUGGAAUUGAAUCGACUCAACUGCGAAAUUCUAUUUAAUCUUAGUCUUAGCCUUUAAGGUGCAUGUUAAUAAAUAUACUAUGGUUU